UAUGAAAAAUGGAUAGCAAUUGUGACUUAAUAAAGACUAUUGAAGAUGAUCAAGAAGUACCAAAUUUCUCUGACGAUUCCGAUGUCGAAGAUGAAUUUCAGCCCAGUAAACAAAAGAAAAAGGAAAAUAAGGACUUCGAUAACAAUUUUCAAUUUUUAAAUGAUGUUUCUGAUUAUAAUAAAGAUACAUGGAAUGACUUGAGCAAAUAUAUAAAACAAAAAGUUAAAACAAAACUUGAUGAUAAAAUUAGAAAGAUCAGAAGAGGAUUUGAAUUUGAAAUAUAUAAUGAAUUAGAAACAGAAUACAAUAUUGAUGUAUCUGAAAUUAAGAAAAAUGAUGAAUUAUCUUUAUCAGAGGAUGAACUUAAGAAAGAUACAUUUAAAACUAAACAAAAGAAAUGUAAAAAGAAAAAUGUUAUUAAAGAAAAUAAUGAAGAAACAAUUAACUUUGAGGAAUAUUCUAAUACAGAGUCUCAUGCAACAUUUUACCAAAUGAACUUAUCACGUCCUUUGUUAAAGGCUAUAACAACUAUGAAUUUUGUACAUCCAACACCUAUACAAGCUGCUACUAUUCCUAUUGCAUUAAUGGGUCGUGAUAUAUGCGGUUGUGCUGCUACAGGUACUGGUAAAACUGCAGCUUACAUGUUACCAACUCUAGAAAGGUUAUUAUAUAGACCAUUAGAUGGUCCUCUUAUCUCUCGUGUUCUUGUACUUGUUCCAACAAGAGAACUUGGUGUACAAGUGUACCAAGUUACAAAACAGUUAUCCCAAUUUACAACAAUUGAAGUAGGAUUAUCUGUUGGAGGUUUAGAUGUAAAAGUUCAGGAAGCUAUAUUAAGGAAAAAUCCAGAUGUUGUAAUAGCUACUCCUGGAAGAUUAAUUGAUCAUUUGAAAAAUGCUCCUACAUUUUCAUUAGAUAGUAUUGAAGUACUUAUUUUAGAUGAAGCAGACAGGUAAAUUAAAAGAAUAUAUGUAAAUAAUAUUUCUUUCAAAUCAUACUUUGCUGAACAGAUGAAGUACAUUAUAAAACAAUGCUCAAGAAAUAGACAAACAAUUUUAUUCUCUGCUACUAUGACUGAAGAAGUGAAAGAUUUGGCUGCUGUAUCUUUAAAUAAGCCUGUUAAAGUAUUUGUAGAUAGUAAUCAAGAUGUUGCUUUUAAUUUACGUCAAGAAUUUAUUCGCAUACGGAAAGAAAGGGAAGGAGAUCGGGAAGCAAUUUUAGCUGCCCUUGUUUGUAGAACUUUCCAUGAUCAUGUCAUGGUUUUCGUACAAACAAAAAGGCAAGCCCACAGAUUACAUAUUUUAUUAGGAUUGUUAGGUAUCAAGGUUGGCGAACUUCACGGUAAUCUUACACAACCACAACGUUUGGAAAAUUUAACAAAAUUUAAAAAUGAGGAAAUAGAUAUUUUAUUAGCAACAGAUGUUGCUGCGAGAGGGUUAGAUAUUAGUGGUGUGAAAACUGUAAUUAAUUUUGUAAUGCCAGCUACCAUGCAACAUUACAUUCAUAGAGUUGGAAGAACAGCUAGGGCUGGUCGAGUUGGAGUAUCAGUAUCAUUAGCUGGAGAACAAGAACGUUCUUUAGUUAAAGAUAUUAUUAAAAAUGCAAAAAAUCCAGUGAAAAAUCGAAUAAUACCUCCUGAUAUAAUUGACAAGUAUUACAAAAAAUUACAAUCUCUUGAACCUGAUGUGGAAAAAAUUUUAGAAGAGGAACGAAAUGAAAGGGAAUUGGCUAAAAUAGAAAAUCAAGCAAACCGUGCAGAGAAGCUAUUAAAAAAUGAAACUAAUAAAGGUAUUCAAAGAACUUGGUUCCAGACUCAGAAAGAAAGAAAAGAGGAAAAAGAAAAAUUAUCAUUAACCGAGAAACAGUUAAAUACAAAUAAAGGGGAGAAAAGACGAAACAAAGAAACUUCAAAUAUAGUUGAAGAGAAGAAAAAGAAAUCUAAGGAACCUAAAAAAGAAACGCCAGAAGAUAGAGCUAAAAGAGAAUUAGAAAAAAUUGCAGCAUAUCAAGCAAGAUUAGCUAAAAGGAAAAACAAACAAAAGAAAAUUAAAACAAUUAUGGAAGAUAAUAAAUCUGUAUCUAAUAAAAGAGCAUCACUAAAACGACCAAAAUCUUCAUUUGCUGCCGACUUAACGGAUACAAGUAAAAGAGCUGUGAAGAAAAUGCGUUAUGAAGCGAAUGUUAAAAAGAAUCAAAGUAAAAGAAAAGGUGCAAAAAAUAUAAAAAUAGGAAAUAAGGAUAAUAGAAAAACUAUUAGAAAACGUUAA